AUGUCCGGCAUGGCUGAUGCACCGGCGCCCGCGGAUGGCAGUGGCCGGAAGCUCAAGCCGCAGGGCAGCUGCCUCGAGGCUCCGGAUAAGAAGCAGGCGAAGAUCAGGGACGACCAGGAGAGGGAUGACAAUAAGAAGGCGGAAGAAUUGGAUGAAGACAUGGAGGACAGGACAGGGCGCACGAUCACUUUCGGCACGUUCCCGGAAGAUAUUAAGGCAACCGAGAUCGUGACCUUCAUCGGAGACGCUUUGAAGGAGGUGGAGGGGGAGUUGGGCGAGAUUCUCGCGCGCGGCAAAAAGUUCGCAGAAAGAGGAGGAGCACGACUCAAGACGGCGGAAUCCAUGCGGGACUACAUCGGUGGAGCCGCGGCCCGGCGCAGACGCGAGUGCCAGGGCAAGCGCGUCUACUGCAACGUGGGUUCUAAGCGGCAGGACCAGAGCUUAGAGGAGGUAGGAAGGGGGAAAGCAGCGCGGAAGGUGGCGAGGACCAUCAUCGAGGCGAAUGGGGGGGGGGGCGGAGAUUCCAUCAAGCGGGACAUCGACGCGAAUUUCAAGAAGGGCAUCGCAUGGUGGAAGGAGAAGCGCGUAGCAGUGUGGACCGACGGCCAGAUGAAGCUCUUUGGGGACGCGGCGGCGCAUCAGGGGAAGUUCGACGAGCUUCACGGCAAA